GAAGUUGCCAAAUCGAAAGUGAAGUACGUCGAACAACUGAAGAAACAACUCAUCAGUCAUCAGAUCAAUCAAUGGUCAAUGACAUGUUGGCGUCAUUGAUUAGUGUACAUUACUGUACUUUCGACUUGUUUCAGAACCCAGCUGUGUUGCUUGCGAAAUAAAUAAUAUGGCUGGAAACACUGAGAACUCGCUGGUUGUACUGUACACCAUGGUCUUCAUGUUUUUUGCUGGUUGCUUCAUUGCUCCUCCAACCGAGUUUGUCUCUGCAGGAGUGACAGUGCAGAAUAUCUUUUCACAGUGGCUUGGCAGUGAAGACUUCAGCUUUAUCUAUUAUCACAUGAAGAGAAUAACUGCUACACUGAUUAUACAUAGCUUUAUUCCUUUAGGUUACUAUGUUGGACUUGGAUUGCUUUCUCCACAACUCAACUUGUUUUCUCUGGAUGAUGUGGGCAUGUUUUGGAGUGUUUUCUUACUCGGCAGCCUGAUUCUCCCUGGCUGUAUAUGUGCUGUUGCAAUCUAUUGGCACCAUGGGAAUUGCAACAAUCAUCCUCUAGCGAAGCAAUUGGCGCAGCUGGGCAGUGAACAUGACUCUUGGAGAGCUGUUGCUUCAUCAAUUAACGUGGAAUUCAGAAGGAUAGAUAAAUUUACAAGUGGAAUAUCUAGCCGUUUAGUAGCGGUGACAGACUCAUGGAUUAUAAAGACCUCGACCUAUUAUGUGUAUGUCGCUCAUCAAAGUGAUAUUCACUUGACUUUGUCAGAUGCUGAGGAGCACUCACUUUCAUACCAGACACAAACUGCUGUGCAAUAUCUAAAUAUAACGGUUGGACGUGUUGAAACUGGACUUCAACCUUUUACUAUUAGGUUAAACUCCAUGGAGUUGGGUGACUUGAAAGAGAAGCUGCAGGCCCCUAUUCGAAAUGCUCGCAACAUUGUGAUCCACCAAUCUCUUAGUGAUAUGUUCCUCAAGGCUUUCAGGGAACAGGUGGAACAGAACCCAACUUUCUCACCCCCACCAAGCAUGGAAAUUGAGCAGUGCAUUGGCUGCAUGCAGAAAGACUCCGAUAUAAAGCUGCAAAAACGGUGUGAGGAUACCGCCGGAGAGCAGGCUCCAGAUUCAGAGGCAUGCGUCCAGUGCUUCUGUCGUCCCAUGUGGUGUCUGGAGUGUGUGGGCAAGUGGUUCGCCAGUCGCCAGGACCAGCAGCGACCGGAGACCUGGUUGUCCAGCAAGUCACCGUGUCCAACAUGUAGAGCAAGAUUCUGUGUACUUGAUGUUUGUCGGCUAACCCAUAAUUCUAGCUGAAUCAUCCUCUUCCAUAAUAAUUUUAAUAUAUAUACGUGUACAUUAUAUAAAUGCCACUGCACAGAAGCCAUUACUUAUGUUUAUUUUGCUUUGAAAUGAUCAAUAAAGAACAGAAAUAUAAUGACU